CGCUUCUGUGUCAAGCCAAGGCUACACAGUAAAUUCUUGUCCAUCUUUCUGGACUUGUAGAUACAUUCAGCCUGCUCACGCCACUCAGGCUGAUUUCUUCCCGACUCCAUCCGCGUCUGACUCGCAAGAGAUUAAACAAAGGUUAUUAAUUUGCCUUGGUCAAAAGAGCCACAUAAACUGAAGUUGGAAUUACAUCAGCUGUUUGUCUGCUAACUAAGUAGCUGAUUUGCUCAAAUUGACAUCUGCUGGUGUCAUUCCUCUGAGGACAGACCAUCUGCUGAAAAUCUGUGUGAAGCUGUAUUUGGGACAUUUUCUCUAUAUCAGACAAACAUUGCUCUGUUGUUGUGGUGACACUCAAGCGAGACCUAGAUUGACAGGUCUCCCUCCAGAGGAACUUUCCAGAGCAGCCACCAAAAGGAACAUGUGCUAGAAGUUCAACAUCUGUCCUAAACAACUGGUCAGCUUUGACUCUAGAAGAUGAGCAAUGACGAUGAGUUCUUCGAUGCCGUCACAGGCCUGGAAUCGGACGAGUCGUGCGAGGGGCUCUCGGAGGCCAGUUUCAAAGAUGCACAAGGGAUUGACAGCAGCAGCCAGAAGAACAAUGGAUCAGUCCCACAAGAAAAUGGCAUCAAGAAACACAGGACAUCUCUCCCUGCACCCAUGUUUUCCAGAAACAAUAUCAGUGUGUGGGGUAUCCUGAAAAAAUGUAUUGGACUGGAACUGUCCAAGAUCACGAUGCCCAUUGCCUUCAACGAGCCGCUGAGCUUCCUGCAGAGAAUUACAGAAUAUAUGGAACACACUUACCUCAUCAACAGAACCUCCUCAAUGUCCGACUCCAUAGAGCGCAUGCGGGCAGUAGCUGCUUUUGCUGUGUCAGCAGUUGCGUCGCAGUGGGACAGAACUGGAAAGCCCUUUAAUCCCUUGUUGGGAGAGACCUACGAACUUAUCAGAGAGGACCAGGGUUUCCGAAUAGUGUCUGAGCAGGUAUCCCAUCAUCCUCCAGUGAGUGCAUUCCAUGCAGAGAGCCUGGCUGGGGAUUUCGUGUUCCACGGCUCCAUCUACCCUAAACUCAAAUUCUGGGGCAAGAGUGUUGAGGCAGAGCCUAAAGGGACUAUCACACUAGAGCUACUCAAGCACAGGGAGGCAUACACAUGGAGCAACCCUAACUGCUGUGUACACAAUGUCAUACUGGGAAAACUGUGGAUAGAACAGUAUGGCACAGUAGAAAUAGUCAACCACAGCACUGGAGACAAAUGUGUGUUGAAUUUCAAGCCCUGUGGGAUGUUUGGCAAAGAGCUACACAAAGUGGAGGGAUACAUCCAAGACAAGAGUAAAAAGAAGCUUGCUGUCAUCUAUGGGAAGUGGACUGAAUGCAUGUGGAGUGUCGACCCUCAGGCCUAUGAGGCACACAAGAAGUCUGAGAAGAAAGGGGACAACAAAAAGCAAAAAAAUGAUGAACUUGAGGGCGCUGAGAACGAUGACGCAGAUGACAUGCCCGAAGUCCAAGAGACUGUGUCUGUUGUACCAGGAAGCACUCUGUUGUGGAGGAUAGACUCUAGACCAGCACACUCUUCUGUGAUGUACAACUUCACAAACUUUGCGAUGUGUCUGAAUGAGCUGGAGCCCGGCAUGGAGGCCAUCCUGCCCCACACAGACUGUCGCUUCAGGCCUGACAUCAGAGCAAUGGAGAACGGCAACAUGGAUGAGGCCAGUAAAGAAAAGGAAAGACUGGAGGAGAAACAGAGAGCUGCCAGAAAAGAGAGAGCCAAGAGAGAUGAGGAGUGGUCUACCAGGUGGUUCCAGAUGGGCACCAAUCCAUACACAGGCUCCCAGGAUUGGAUCUACACUGGUGGAUACUUCAACAGGAACUACCAAGACUUGCCCGAUAUCUACUGAAAGCCUACUUGCCUUCCUCCUCCUCCUCCAUAUCUGUAACCUGCAGUACCCCACCUGCCCCCCGUCAUUAACUGGAGAUAAAAUGAUACAAAUCAACAAAGGCACACCAACUCAGAUUGGAAAUGGAUACAAAGAAGCUGAACGUUUGCCACUUGUUGACUGCCGAGUCUUCAGUAAAACUGGUUGUUUUGGGGUUUUGUUUUGUUUUUGUUUUUUUUGCCCCCCCCACCCUCCCACUUAAGAGAAGUUGUUAUAUUAUCUCCAAGUCUUACUCUCCAUCAUCGACAAACAUCUCCUGUGUCCCUGCUGAAGCACCCUAUAGAGCACAAUGGCCAUUUAAUUCCAGGCCAAUCCCUCUGGCAGAGAGUUGGUAACAACUCAAAAACCUCACAGGUCCGUUCUGAAUGUUUAACAUCUUUGCUAUUGAACUCUCUGCUCCGAGGAUCUGCCUGCCAAGACUCUUGAUGGCAGCAUUUUAAAAACAUUCACGUGUCAUAAAUGAGUAAAGUAAAAACAAAGACCCGAUAAUCACAACGAUGGAUACAUGGAUGCAGACGAACACCCAUGCUCUUUGAAUUGAAGAUGGACUUUGAGGAUGUUUUGUUUUUUCUUUUCACUCUCUCUUUUUGUUUUGUUUUGUUUUGUUUUUUUAAAAAUAUUUGGCAAAAUUUUAAAGAUUUAAACACUCAAAAUACUUCAGUUAUAUACUACUCUUUGAGCAACAAAUAAGUUAUGAGUGAUCAUUAUGUUGGUCAAAACAAAUCAAAUGCAAUUAAGACUUCAUUACUGUCCAUGUGUCUUAUCCUGAAAAUGAUUAAUAUCUGCUGAUAGUCUCAAAUAAUUUUGUAAAGUUUGAUUGAUAUUAAAAUGAGUAAAGAUCA